UAAACUAUAAACGAAAGGCGAUGUUGUUCCCUCAAAUGGAGAGUGAAGAUGACCCAAAACCCAGAAGUGUGAAUACUGAACAAACAGCAUAGUAUUUGGCGCAGCAAUUUUCUUUCAGAAACCUUUUAUUUGAGCUAAUCCUUUUUAUCAAAAAAUUUCACCCCUUCAAAAUUUGUCUUAAAGGGGCUUUUUCUCUUUCUCUGGCACAGCUUUCAGUCGUGGCAGGUCUCGGCGUGCUCCUCGGCAUCACUCGCUUCUCUCUGCAAAUGUACACAUACUGGUUUGGUACCCUUUUGUCACUUCCGCUGCAAUAGCAAGGAUUGCAAAUCAUACUUCCUAUUGUCACUGUGACUUAGUUAGGAACGCAUUACAAUUUCCAUAGAAGGUAACGCAGAAAUUUUUUUCACCUUUGGAAUAUACAUAUUUGUAACUUUGUCAAGAUAAAAGGCACCCUAUUGUGCUUUUUAUGUGAUACUUGGAUGCAUAACUGUCUUUGUAGUAUUCCAUGCUUUGGAAACUUUAGGGUGAGAAUUCAUCUGGAGCAUGCUGAGUCAUAGUUGUUGCACAUGGCAAUGAUAUACGCUUUUUAACAUCUUGAAUUAUUGUUGCUCUUGUGGUCCUGUUAUUAUUGAAGAUAGAGGAGGAAAUGGGAAAAUUAGCUCUUGCAGCAAUAAUGAGCUUAUGUGUUAUUCCUGCCUCCAUAAUGGUUAAUCGCAUAGUUCCUGAGCCAUAUAUGGAUGAGAUAUUUCAUAUACCACAGGCAGAGCAGUACUGCAAGGGAAAUUUUGGAAGUUGGGACCCUAUGAUUACCACUCCUCCUGGCCUGUACUGUCUUUCACUUGCACAUGUUGCUUCUUUGUUUCCAGCCUUGUACUCUGUACAAGCUAUUUCCUCAUUUUCUGACAUGUGCUCUGUGGCAAUCCUUCGAUCAGUUAAUGGUGUCUUAGCAAUUGUCUGCAGUGUAAUUUUAUACGACAUAAUUAUUCAUUUGAAGCCAACACUUACCAAGAGGAAGGCGAUGCUUCAAGCAGUGGUCCUAUCCUUGUACCCCCUUCACUGGUUUUUCACUUUUCUCUAUUACACAGAUGUUGCUGCUGUUACGACAGUGCUGGCUAUGUAUCUAGCAAGUUUGAAGAAAAAUUACUGGUUUAGUGCAUUGAUUGGAGCAUUGGCAGUUUUUAUUCGACAAACAAAUAUUAUAUGGGUGUUUCUUGUUGCAUGCACUGGGAUCAUAAAUAUUUCUGUGACUCAUGGAAAGCAAAAUACAAAAUCUAUCAAGUCAGAUGUGUCUGCCAAGCAUGGUUUAGAAUAUGCCACUGGUACUAAUACAGAGGGUUUCAAUCUGAGAAAGCGAAAAGUUGUUAAAUCUGGGAAUACUAUUGAACACUCAUCAUCACGUGAUUCUUCUCCUUCCUCUUACUCAGGUUUUGCUGAUGAAUUAUGGGCUAUCCUUUUAACAUUAUGGUACCUGAAAUGGGAGAUUCUAAUUUCAUUUUGCCCAUUUCUCAUGGUGGUGGUGGCCUUUAUUUUAUUUGUCUAUUGGAAUGGAAGUAUUGUUCUGGGUGCAAAAGAAGCACACGCAGUUACCCCACAUUUUUCUCAGAUGCUUUAUUUUAGUUUGGUUUCUGUACUGGCUCAGGCUCCUAUGCAUAUCACUAUCACCCAGGCUGUGGACUUGUUUCGUAUGUUUCGGAAGAGUAGGGCCCUUCUAUUCUUUCAGAUGUUCCUGGCCCUUGUAGUUGGCAUGCUCUCAGUACACUUUUUCAGUGUAGCUCAUCCAUACCUUCUUGCUGAUAAUCGGCAUUACCCUUUUUAUCUUUGGAGGAAAGUUAUAAUGGCUCACUGGUCAAUUAAAUACUUUCUGGUCCCAGUUUAUAUAUGUUCAUGGUUUUCCAUCAUCCACAUGUUGGGAAAAACUAGAAGUAAAAUAUGGGUUUUGGCAUACUUCUUGGCCACUGCAGCUGUUCUUGUACCAGCUCCACUGAUAGAGUUCAGAUACUACACCAUACCAUUCUAUUUCCUGGUGCUUCACUGUGACAAUAGUGAUGAUCAAAGUUGGAUUCUCACAGGCAUACUGUAUAUUGGGGUCGAUAUCUUUACAAUGGCCAUGUUUCUGUUUCGGCCUUUCCAUUGGGCCCAUGAGCCUGGAAUUCAAAGGUUUAUAUGGUGAUUCAAUUCAUUGAAAAAAAUAUUUGUAACAGCAAAACCAACUUUUUUGGGAGGCUUUUACCACCAGUUUUACAAGAGUGGAAUUUUAAAUCUCCUUAGUUAUCUUUUUGAGGGAUUUAAAUCUCCUUAGUUGAUAUGAUAAUCCUUUUAACUACUUGAAGAAAAAUUAUUUUUUCUUGUUGAAUUUUCUGAUUAUGAGGGUUCCUUUCAUUAUUUUUUGUGUAAUUUAAAUAGGUGAAUUUGAAACUGUUAUAAAUGAUUAAUUUGGUCC